AUUCCCAAAUCAGAGAAACGGACCCACAAAAUAUAUUAGAGAAAAAAAAAAAGGGAGACAGGUUCUGAUCCGAAAACCAGGGUAGAACAGUGCUAGAGUUUCGAUCAAGCAGCCGAAAUCCGCUAUCAGAAUCAGCGUUUUCCAUACAACCUGGUGGACUAAUCUUAUGUUAUCGCACUCUCAAGGAAACAGCUCCGUCCAGCUAAUUUGCUCUGUUCUCACUUUUUCCGGCAAAAAAGCUGAACCGAUCAACAAAAACAAAUUAAAAUCCUGCGGCGGUUGCUUUUGAGGAGGUGGAAAUGAAAACCUGUCCGAUUUUGAGUUCGUAACAGCAGAAAAUGCUAUCUGGGGUAUACUUCCUGACAUGAUUGUCACCCCAAGAAAAGGCGCUGACUGCAAAAGGGUACUAGGGAUUGCUGCUCGAUCGGUUUAAAUACCUACAUUUGAAGCUGCUUCUUCGGGAUUGGAUUCCAGAAUCGUCAAGGCGCACCUCUUGGUUUCAGGCUGCUGCUUGGUGGGUUCUUCUGUACAGUCGCUUUAACACAUUUUUUAGUGCAUUUUCUUCUGUUGUUCCUACAACCUUCAAGACUCUUUGGUGCAUGUCUUGAGAAAAUCCAUUGGAAACAGUUCAUUUGAAUCAUGAAAAUUGAGGGUGAAGCCGUAGUUUGCCAUUCAAAUGCUGGCCCCAAGUUUGUUCCUAAGUCAUUUGAAUGUGAUAAUGAUGCUAUUGAUUCUGGUGGGUUGAAGCUAGCAGAUCAGAAAGAACUUGCAAGCCGUCCGAAAGGUUAUGAGGAUGCCGAUCGCAAUAAUAUUGCUGCAGAUGGUUGGGUUGUACCUAAGCUUGAUUGUUUAAGUCUUGAUGAUUUUAAUGACUAUGACAAGGCUAAUAAACCCAUUGUGUCACCACGCACGAAUUCUUCGGAAGUAGACUUGUUCGAGGAAGACUCGGAGUUGUUCAUGGAAAAGAGUAUCGUUGAAUGUCAACUUCCUGAACUGAUAGUUUGUUACAAAGAAAAUAUUUGCAAUAUCGUUAAGGAUAUUUGUAUCGACGAGGGAGUACCUUCUCGGGAUAACCUUGAGAAGGCUGUCCGUGCCAUUGUCCCUCCUGAGAAAGAUUGGAAGGACGAGUCGGCACGAGACCUGGCAAAAGGAGAUAUGUUUGCUUCAGAUGAUUCAGAGCAUUCGGAAUCUUUUGGCGACAAGGAUUCACCCAAACUACGCGAUUCCAAGGAUUCGGCUAGAACACCCGACGCCGAAUAUGAUGUGGCAUAUUUUACUGACAAUGAUAUACUAAAUCUUCCAAUGACAGACUUGGUUGCAGGGAGCUUAAAGCCAUUGAUCAACAAUAAGAAUGAGCCUCACUCUCAGGCUGAACAGGUUUUGAUUGAAGCUACGAGUUUGAAACUCGCUGUUUCGGCAUGUGUAGCUGAAGAAUCUGGUAGUAACCCGAAAGAAGCAAUGUCAGCAUUCACUACAUCAUCUCCCGUACCGGAAGAUCCCGAAAAUAGCGCUUCUGGGAAUGAUAUAUCAUAUAAUAGUAAAUUGGACAAUGGAAACAUCACUUUUGAUUUUAAUUCUUUAUCAUCCACAGCUAGUGAUGGACUCGAGCGUGGUGAUAAUGGCGACUUAAACUCUUCAACUCCUUCGACCAGUGCCUUGAUGGACUGCCGAGACACGAGCAGUAGCUCGAGCAGCUCCAAAUGUCAAGUGCAGUGUCACGAUACUAGUAUUAGCCUCAAACGUGUGGAAUAUGAAGAUGUACUGAAGGCAGGAGUUGGUCAUCAAGUUUCGAGCCAAGUUCAACGUGGUGGCGUAGGUGAAGCAAGUUUCUCUUCAAUGGUACCGUUCAGGAGUAAUUCAGAUCGUAUAGGGUACUCCGGCAGCAUUUCUAUUCGGUCGGAUAGCAGCACGACGAGCACCCGUUCCUUUGCGUUUCCUGUAUUACAACCCGAGUGGAAUAGUAGCCCUGUUAGAAUGGCUAAAGCUGAUCGAAAGCAUCUACGAAAGCAUAGGUGUUGGAAAAAGAGCAUUCUGUGCUGUAGAUUCUGAAACCUUUUACUAAUUUAUUCGUAGGUUUAGUGUCGAAAAUAUAAACGUUUACUUCACACACACACUGUCGGGUCAUUUUACGAGAUUAGUCGAAAUACGUAUUUGUUGAUUCGAACGCUCGAUGCAGAUUAACAUUGUUUUGACUGUAAAAGGAGUCAGUGAUUGAGUUUGGCUGCUGCCUGCCAUAUUGGCUUGCUCAAGUGUUCUUAUGAGCUAAACCAGAGUGUUUGACAAAGUCAUUUGGUUUGUGGAAUGGGAAAAGCUUGUACUGGUGAACGUUGCUAUAAAUAUAUAGAUAUACAACAUUCUUUUGCGAACA